GAGCCUCAGCCCACUCUCAGCACCUCCCCACGCUGCUGGGAAGCCUGGCUCGGGAGAAAAGCGCCAUCGAUGUGAUCCCGUGGUGUCCUUUGUCACGAGCUGUCCAUCGGCUUCGAGAGGAUCCCCUGCGUGCCUGACGCGAUGUGUCUGUGGCUCGUCCCUCGGAUUCCCCGGCUCGGCGAGUCCUUACUCAUCCCCUUGUUUGGAGGAGGGAUUUCAUGAGCCCCUGGCCGAGCCCCGUGAGGAUAUUUCCGGGCUGAUGGAGCAGCAGAGCGGGAGCUGUGGAUGACAGGGGCGGCCAGAGGCGUGCCCGAGCGGGGCUGGCUGCUCCCCUCCUGCAGCAGAGCCCAGAGGCACCUGUACAACACCGAGGCGUGUCAGGAAACCCGAUGCCUCACCUCUGCCAAUGUGGAGGCGGAGGGAGGAGGGCCCAAAGACAUGUCCCUUCACGCUCGCAACAGCUGAAAACAGAGAAGGAAACUCGCUAGAGCCUUUUUCACCAGCGCAGGAAGCCUCCCUGUCCCGCUCUCACCCCAGAAGCCCUCCCGUACUCCACUACUCUGGGGGGGUGGCUGUCCCACACCCGCCGGGCGAUGAACAUCGCAAGGAGAAGAGGCUUUUACAGACAGGAGGUGAACAACACGCUCUGGGAGCUGCCCAGGAGAUACACAUCCCUCCACCCGCUGGGCUCCGGGGCCUACGGCUCCGUCUGUUCAGCCAUAGACAAGAAGACGGGGGAGAAAGUGGCCAUCAAGAAGCUGUGCCGCCCGUUCCAGUCAGAGAUCUUUGCCAAGAGAGCCUACAGAGAGCUGAUGCUGCUGAAGCACAUGCAGCAUGACAAUGUCAUUGGGCUGCUUGAUGUCUUCACCUCCACUGCCUCCUACCAGGGGUUCCAGGACUUCUACCUGGUGAUGCCAUACAUGCGGACAGAUUUACAAAAGAUCAUGGGACAUGAAUUCAGUGAUGAAAAGAUCCAGUACCUGGUCUACCAAAUGCUGAAAGGGCUGAAGUAUAUUCAUUCAGCUGGCAUCGUCCACAGGGACCUGAAGCCAAGUAACCUGGCUGUGAAUGAAGACUGCCAGCUGAAGAUCCUGGAUUUUGGCUUGGCCAGACAGGCUGAUGCUGAGAUGACUGGCUACGUGGUCACACGGUGGUACAGAGCCCCAGAGGUCAUCCUGAACUGGAUGCAUUACAACCAGACAGUGGAUAUCUGGUCUAUUGGCUGUAUCAUGGCAGAAAUGCUGACUGGGAAAACACUCUUUAAAGGAAAAGACUACCUGGAUCAGCUGACCCAGAUCCUGAAAGUAACGGGGCAUCCAGGAGAGGACUUCUUGGAGAAGCUGGAGGACAAAGCGGCAAAGAGUUAUAUCAAGUCCCUUCCUAAAAUCCCCAAGAAGGAUUUGUCUGUGCUUUUCCCUAAAGCAAAUCCUCAGGCUGUGGACCUGCUUGACAAGAUGUUGCAGCUGGAUGUGGAAAAGCGCCUUACAGCAACAGAGGCCUUGGCUCACCCCUACUUCGACCAGUUCCGAGAUAUCGAGGAGGAAACAGAGGCACAACACUCCUAUGAUGAUUCUCUGGAACAUGAGAAGCUUUCCAUAGAGGAGUGGAAAAAGCACAUUUACAAGGAGAUCUUGACCUUCAGUCCCAUUGCACGGAAGGAUUCAAAGAAGAGAAGUGGGAUGUCAUUAUAGCGACGGGUGCAGCUGUGGCUGGGACUCACUUCUCCCUGAUGACAUCAGAUUCAUUCCACACUGUGCUGCUGGUGGCCAACUUUUGGCCUGUGGGACCUCUCUCUAUGUGCCAACACAAGGAUGACACUGUGCUGUGGGCAUUGGACUUUGUUC